AUGGCCGAUUCUGCGAUCACACAGGUGGCUGUUGCAGAGGCCACAGGAAGGUUAAUACCCCGUUUAUAUCAGCAAGAGAUCUUCCAACGAGCUGUCAACGAAAAUGUGAUUUGCGCGAUGGACACCGGAAGUGGGAAAACCCAAAUCGCAGUUAUGCUGCUCAAACACAUCAUGUCACUACGGCCAGCAGACUCUAAUCCAAAAAAGGCAAGUGUCGCAGUAUUUCUCGUAGCUUCUGUCCCCUUGGCGGAGCAACAGGGAGACUUCCUAGAAUCCCAGUUACCGCUACACGUGAAUAAAUUCUAUGGGGCAAUGGGGGUCGACUAUUGGGAUCGAGAACGCUGGGCCAAGGCCUUUGCGGAAUCAGACGUUAUGGUUAUGACAGCUCAGGUAUUUCACGACUUGCUAAACCAUGCGCAUUGGAGUAUCGAUAAGGUAUUACUCUUGGUCUUUGAUGAGGCUCACCACUGCAACAAGAAUCAUGUUUACGCACAAAUCAUGAGAACACACUACCACCAUUGUCCGGUCAGCGAACGGCCGCGCAUAUUUGGAAUGACUGCGAGUCCGAUAUUCAAUAUUCGCAACCCUGCACAAUCGCUCGCGCAACUCCAAGAAACUAUGGAUGCCAAAGUUCUGGCUGUGAAGGACAAUGUUCUUGAAUUGGCGUUGAAUGCACCCAAGCCCCAAGAGUUUGUUAUGGAGUGUCCUCCUCCUAGUUCGGACUACUCUGAUUACCCAAGGCCUACCAUGUGGUCCGUAGUAUCCGAGUUUGAGAACCUGCUAUUCCCCGAUCCCGACGACCUUAAAGAUCUAACUUCGCGAUACAAACAUGCACUCAAUGAGCUGGGACCUCUAGCCGCCGAUUAUUUCGUGCUUCUUUUUAUUCGGCGAGCCAUCGAAAAGAGUACUGUCGGAUCGUCCGAAUUAGGCGCCUACUUCUCGAGAGCGAGUUCAUUGGCCCCCGAGACUGGUGGGGAUUCAAGCCCAGUGGCUGGCCAGACCUGGUCGGAUUUGGACAACGCAUACAACGAACAUCUGGCUACGAUCCAAGAGCGAGCAAGAGGACUUGACAAAUCGCAGAUGAUGUCUUGGCUCACGCCCAAGUUGAAGAUUCUAAUCUCCAUCCUCGAGGCCAAUCGGGCUGAUGAUUUCAGUGCUUUAAUCUUCGUCGAGCAACGCCAGGUUGCAUCUGCACUCGCCUGGCUGUUGCCCCUUGUUCCAGAGUUGCGAGACUGGGUCAAAGCAGCUGCUCUUGUAGGUCACGGCGAUGGAAGCAGGGCAGGUUUCGAGGGAAGUGGUAUGGCUCAUGCAGCACAACGGUCUACUGUUCGCAAUUUCCGCUCGGGCAGCAUCAAUCUCGUUAUUGCAACAUCAGUUGCUGAGGAAGGUCUCGAUUUCCAGGCCUGCAAACUCGUGGUACGUCUCGAUGCUCCGCAGACCAUGGUAGGAUACCUUCAGAGCCGGGGACGGGCUCGCAAACACGAUUCUGCUUAUGUCGUGUUAACGGAUCCAGAGGGCGCUAAACGAUACCGUGGGUUUCGAGGGGCUGAACCUCAUCUACGGCGCAUAUACCAGCGUAUUAGUGAAGAAGAGGCGCAACAAGAUGGUGAAAUGGACGUUGAAGAAGAAGAGGACGUUGAUAACGAACGCUAUGUCGUCAAAUCCACUGGCGCAGUUGUUACUCCUUCGACCGCCAUCGGCCUCUUGCAUUUGUGGUGCUCCCAGCUCGAGGUCGACCGAUUUACCAAGCCUCCAGCACCAGAGUUUCAUAUUACUGGUAAAUACAUGUGCAAAAUCUCCGCUCCUCCGUGCAUUCUCAACCCUGCACUUUCUGGGCCCAUACAUGGUCCCCUUAAAAAAACACGAGAUGGCGCUCGACGUGCAGCUGCCUUUCUUUUUGUCCAAAAACUACACAAGCUCGAGAUAUUCGACGAUUAUCUAUUGCCUUUUAAGAAAAGGAGCUCAAAAGCCGAUGACCUAUCCCAACGCCUGGACGGCACUCUUCGAAGGGAGGGCGAACUUUUCGAUACGAUUACGCCCUGGGGCGAUGUAUGGCACUCUGGCUCUCCCGUUUGGAUGAACCCAAUAUCGCUCGAUGGAUCCCCGACCCUUGUUGCUUUAGUUACGGGGAACAACCAGCCCGAGCGCGAGCUCACCAUUCACAAGGGAGAUUCUUUUGUCAAAAUAAAGAUACACCGUGGCUGCCUUCUCGAAUUUGCUUCUGAGGAGGAUAAACUGGCCCGGCUCGAAGCAAUGCAACGCUACAGUAAUUGCGCAAUCUUCUGGGCUAUUACUGCCCGAAAGCUUCCUCCCCGUUCCACUUGCUUGAUUGCUCCGUUGAUUGGUCCAGAAGGACUCCCUGACUAUGAUAGGAUGUCAAAUCUAGCCACCCACGCUGUGAAGCUUUCCAAGGAAGAGUGGCUGAACCCAGAGCUUGUAGGUAGUCUUGUCAUGGAAGCCCACCGACUCGGCUCCACCCUCUACGAGUUUUUGGGAAUCAAGACGGGUGUUGACCUGUCCUCUUGUCCAAUCUCACUCGAAGAUGGCACCAAGUGCCGAGAAAAUGCUCAUGAAACGUACCGAUCCUACUGGGAGGCUGCUACGGGCACAGUUAAAAGGGGGCUUGCUUUAGAUAUACCCGAAGGCGAUCAUUGGCUUGAACUUGUCUCCAUAUCCAAGGCGCAAUUACAAUCUCAUAAUGGCUUAUAUGGCCUAGUCAAGAUUACAGGUAGCGAACAACCGACCGCAAAGCCAUCUCAGAUCGUCACCCCAUCUCAUAUGGCCCGAAUAUCUCCAAUUCCAGCCGAUAUUGUAAGAAUCGUAACUCACCUCCCCAACCUCUUGGGGCAAAUGACGGUACUAUUCCGGAUCGACUCGGCCAAAGAAAUCCUACGAACAAAUGGCGUACCGUUAGAACUCUUACUCGAAGCUCUGACACUCCCUUCCGUUCAAGCCGGCUUCGACUACCAGCGCUUAGAAACCAUCGGAGACUCCGUUCUCAAAGUAUCUAUGUGCACUCAUCUUUUCAUAAAGUACCAAGGUCAUCACGAGGGACAAUUAUCCGCCAUGAAGGAUAGCGUAGUUUCAAACGCUAAUCUCAUGAGAGUAGGCAGGCAGUCUCCGUUAUCUCGAUUCCUCAUUACUGGUUCGAUGCCGACGCGUAGAACAUGGAGCCCUCCAGCAUCUUCAACCAUCAGCGAAACACAGGACGAUUCUGGUGAACAAGAUGAUUCCAACGAACAGAAGGACGAUUCUAACGAACAGAAGGAAAACGACAGCAAAGGAGAGUUUGAGAAAACUUCUUUCCAUACCAAGGCACAGUCAACACUCGGUGCAACCUACCUUAGCCGUGGUGUCGAAGCCGCCCUCGAGGUAGGGGAGGCGCUAGGGCUUCCUCUUGGCGGAACAACACCAUGGCAUUUGCGCCGAGAAGUAGACGUUUUUGCGAGAAAAAGCGAGAUAACUAUGCUCUUUGCUCCUGUAGAGGAGAAACUUGGAUACAAGUUUAAGAACGCUUCCCUUGUUGCCGAAGCAUUCACGCAUACAGCCUACGAUCUAUCACAGGGGCCCUCAUAUAAUCGUCUAGAGUUCCUUGGAGAUUCGCUUUUCGAUCUUUAUGUGGUCAAGUUCAUGUACCUGAAAUUCCCCAAGAUGACACCAGGGCAAAUGUCUUGGGCACGUAGCCGACUUGUAAACGCAUCCACGUUCGGAAAGCUAGCUGUGGGACUCGAACUUCAUAAACACAUCCUCACUUCAUCAGCAAACCUCCAGAAAGCAGUUGCUAGCUUUGCGCAGGAGGUUGAAGAAAUAUCAUUAGAAGAAAUUCUUCAGAUUUGCUGGAAGAUUGAUGCGCCCAAGGCCAUUAGUGACGUAUUCGAGGCCAUCUUUGGGGCGAUUUAUGUCGAUUCGUCUUUUAAUCUCGAACUCACAUUUGAGCACAUCCAUCGAGUCAUGGCCAACAUUAUGGAAUAUGUCACGCCAGUUAUGCAGGGGGACCCAACUUCGGAGCUGGUUCGCUGGGUCGCGUCACAGGGCUGCGAAGCCCAAGGGAGCACGAUAUUCAGGUCAAGCUCAAGUUCAAACAGUAGAGCUUCGACCAAUGAUACAGUUGAAACAACCGUUCAUGGUCGUACUAUCUCACGGGUGACAGCCGCAACUUCCAAGCUUGCGAGGCCGAUGGCAGCCGAGCAAGCACUGAAUAUUCUAACGGACGAAACUCAUGACUAUGCAUUAUCCAAGAUUUGUUCAUGCCCGCGUGCAAAGCUCAAACGGAAGGCUUCCGAUCCUAUCAUUCUGGAGCGAUGCUUUAGAGCAUAG